AUGCCCGCCAAUGCCGACAAAACCAGGCAAUCUUCGGCUGGAAAAUCAUUCUUUGGGAGGAAACUGUACAAGGAGAGGCCGAAUGAUGAGCGCUACGAUGCAUACCCUGGCUCUCACGAUAGCCUGGCCCCGCCAGGAAGCGCCGCCGGUUCUCGCUCGUCCCGCUAUUCGAAGCGGUCCUCGAUCCAAUCCGUUGACAUGACCCAUGAUCUCGACCCGGGAAGUCUUGCUCCGACCGCAGGUGUUAUUACGUCCAUUCCUUUCGAAAGUCUGCCCUCAGACACGAGAACCCCGAUCCCCAUUGAUAGUAUGCGCCCCGACUCCCGUCAGGAGCCCUCGCCCAACCACAUUGGAAAAACCGGCGGUGAUUAUCAUCAAUAUCCUACCUGGACAUCGACAUCUGCGCCGAACGGUUCUGGCCCACACCCCUCAGGGCCGCGCCCGCCCCCGCAUGGCUCGAACACGACCAUGACAAGCAGCGCAUCAGGAGACCGCGGGGCGAGAUACCAACAAUGGGGACGCCCGGGAAGCUCAAACGCAAAUCCUGGCAUGAGCCAUAACUCCAUUGACUCCUCUUCGAACUCUCGCACCUCGCUCGACCAAAGUAGUCUUUAUUCAUCUCACUCCUCCAAUACUCGCUCGAGCUAUUUCUCUUCCUCAGAUGGCUCAUCCCGUACCCUCACCACCUCCCACUCCGGUGAUCGCAAUACCUCCCUCGCUCCCAGCGGAAGCUCUGGGCGCUUGUCAAAUGCUCAAGCUGCCUGGCAAGCUUCCCAAAAUAAUAUACCAGCAGCUGUACCCCGCCCUCCUGAUAACUACCUGACUCGACCCAGAGAUGACCGUAUCGUCGACCAAUUAUUUCUGGAGCUUAUGCAGAAGCGUGGAUGGCAGAAUCUUCCCGAACAAGCCAAACGGCAAAUGCUGUCUUAUCCUGCCUCUAAGAAGUGGACCCUGGUACAUCAGGAUCGACUGACGGAGCUGCAAGGUGAACAGAAGAGACGAGCCAAUGCUCGGCAAACGCAUGGCCAUGAUGGACUUUCGGGUCUGCUCGAGCGCGCCGAUGAGGAAGGAAGCCCGGAGUGGUAUGUGAAGAAGGUUAUGGAUGACACGAUUACUUCCAAGCAACUGGCCAGUUUGAGCGUCAGCUUGCGGACACAACCAAUCAGCUGGGUGAAAGCUUUCGUUGAAGCCCAGGGUCAAAUUGCCCUGACCAAUGUUCUCAACAAAAUCAAUCGACGAAAGGCCUCCGGCCCCGUUCCUGCGCCUCCGACUGGCGACAAGGACCUGGAUCGUGAAUAUGACAUUGCCAAAUGUUUGAAAGGUCUAAUGAACAACAAAUACGGUGCAGACGACGCCCUCGAGCACCAAGGAGUUCUCGUUGCCCUUGUCAACUCGCUGUCAUCGCCCCGUCUUAACACUCGGAAACUUGUCAGCGAAGUACUUACCUUCCUAUGUCACUGGGCCGAAGGCCAAGGCCACCAAAAAGUGUUGCAGUCUAUGGACAAAGUCAAGAACGACCACAGUGAAACCGGCCGCUUCGAUGCCUGGAUGCGUAUCGUCGAAGUCACCAUUGAUGGCCGUGGCAAGAUGGGAAGUUUGGUCGGCGCCAGCGAAGAGUACCGCAGUGGAGGCAUUGGCAUGGAAAACCUUCUUAUGGAGUAUGCUGUUUCGACAAUGAUCCUCAUCAACAUGUUGGUAGAUGGGGCAGAGACCGACCUGCAGCUGCGAUGCCACAUUCGUGCACAAUUCAUCUCAUGUGGUGUCAAACGUCUUCUGACGAAGAUGGAGGGCUUCCAGUAUGAGGUGAUCGACAAGCAGAUUGAGCGCUUCCGUGAAAACGAGGCUAUCGAUUAUGAGGAUCUUCUCCAACGGGAGAACAGCAGUAUGAAGGACAGCGUUGAGGGCGAAGUUAAGGAUAUGAGCGACCCUCUCCAGAUUGCAGAUGCCAUUGCAACUAGAAUCAAUGGAACUAGGGCCCAUGACUACUUCCUCUCGGCUAUGCAGCACAUGCUGUUGAUUCGUGAGAAUGGCGGCGAAGAGAAUUUACGGAUGUUCCAGCUUGUGGAUGCCAUGAUGAGCUAUGUUGCUAUGGACCGGAGGCUUCCCGAUCUAGAUCUUCGACAGGGCUUGGGUUUCACUGUGCAAAGUCUUUUGGAUCGGCUUCAUACAGAUGCCGAGGCAAGACGCGUGUAUGAUGAGGCUUUGGAGGCUCGCCAAAUCGCAGAGGCUGCCAUCGCCGAGCGCGAUGAGAUGAAAUCUCAGGUUGAGCUUGGUGCUGAUGGUCUUGUCAGGAAACUCCAGAAGCAGAUUGAGGAGCAAGCCGGUAUAAUCGAACUUCAAACUCGGACCAAUGAGUCUUUCAAGGCCGAAGUUGCAGAGGUUCAAAGACUUCGCGCCCAGGAGUUGCAGCGCAAUGAAUUGGAGACCCGUGAGCUUUAUCUGAUGCUCCGGGAUGCCCAAGAUAUUGCUGCAUCCAAUGCUCGCAAGAAUGCCGCCCCCGACUCGGAUCCGUCCCACCUGCCAGGUAUUAUGGACCGCGAACGUCUCAUGGAGCGUCUGGAGCGUCAACUCGAGAGAACCAAGACCCAGUUCAAGCUUGAGGGCAAGGUCUGGGGCCAGCACGGCCCGUCCGAUCGUCUGCGUGAGUUGCGCGAGAAGAUGGAGGGCGAAGGUGAUGAGGAUUCUAGCGAGGAGUUCGCCGAGGAAACCCGUCGUAACAUUGGCACCAAUAACCUAGGAUCCGUCUAUAGGAAGCGCAGUCAUGUGCCUGAGAUGGAUCAGGGCCCCAAUGACCAAGCAAUGGAGACUAUGGAUGAGGACGAGGAGGUAUUUUAUGAAAAGCCUCGUAUGGUGGACUUGCGGCCUCGCAUGAACCCUGCUCAGGCCUCCGGACUGCUAGGCGAACUGGCUUUGAAGGUUCCCAAGUAUGAUGAAGGUCCCGAGGGCUCUGGUACUGCACCAGAGGUGGCUGAAGCUGCCGCUGCCGCCGGAGAUCAAACGGCCGGUGAGGCCGUGGCUAAGGAAGCGGCAGCCAAGAUUGCUAUGCCGCCGCCUCCACCUCCACCUCCCGGCGGUGCUAAAAUCAUACCACCACCUCCCCCUCCCCCGGGUGGCGGUGUUGUGCCCCCUCCUCCGCCGCCUCCGGGUGGUGCCAAAAUUCCUCCGCCGCCUCCUCCGCCAGGUGGUGCCAAAAUCCCAGCGCCGCCGCCGCCGCCUGGCGGCGCCAAGGUCCCCGGUCUCCCACCCCCUCCCCCUCCGCCUGGAGGCAAAGCCGGAGUCCCUCCUCCCCCGCCUCCUCCAGGUGGAAGUGUCGGUGCUCCACCACCGCCUCCUGCGCCUGGUGGCAAGGGUGGAUUUGCGCCUCCUCCUCCCCCUCCGCCCAGCGCUCCAUUGGGCGCUGGCUGGAGGCCCAAUUACAUGGUUGACGAUGCUAUUUCCUCUACAACUCACAUGCCGUCUAUUAGACCCAAAAAGAAGCUCAAGGCUUUGCAUUGGGACAAAGAGGACAAAGAACAGAAAUACACCGAUCUGGCCAAGAAAGGUGUUUUGGACGAGGUCGAGCGUCUCUUUAUGGCUAAAGAGCACAAGAUCUUCGGAAAUAGCACAGCCGCUAAGAAACGCAAGGAUAAGAAGCAGGUCAUCUCUAACGACCUGUCCAAGAACUUCCAGAUCGCCCUUUCCAAAUUCUCUCAGUUCCCGCCCGAGGAUGUUGUGCGAAUGGUCAUUCACUGUGACCGCGAUAUUUUGGAUAACAUGGUCGUUAUGGACUUCUUGCAAAGAGAUGAGAUGUGCACAAUUCCUGAAAACGUUGGCAAGUUGAUGGCUCCGUACAGUCGAGACUGGACAGUUCCCGGUGCUGCCAGCUCUGAGCGUGAGCAAGAUCCCAGUGAGCUCACCCGCGAGGAUCAAAUCUAUUUAUCCACCGCCUUUGAGCUGAAUCACUACUGGAAGGCGAGAAUGAGAGCUCUUGCGCUCACUCGUUCCUUCGAGCAUGAGUAUGAGUACAUCUCUUCCAGGUUGCAAGAAGUUGUCAAAGUCAGCGAGUCUUUGCGGGACUCCGUCGCUUUGAUGAACGUCCUUGGGUUGAUUCUGGAUAUUGGUAACUUCAUGAACGACGCCAACAAGCAAGCCCAAGGCUUCAAGCUUAGCUCCCUCGCCCGCCUAGGUAUGGUCAAGGAUGACAAGAACGAGACUACCUUUGCCGACUUGGUUGAGCGUAUCGUUCGCAACCAAUAUCCCGAGUGGGAAGGAUUCUCCGAGGAAAUUGGCGGUGUCAUUGGCCUGCAGAAGAUCAACGUCGAUCAAUUGCGCAGCGAUUCCAUCAAGUAUAUCAGCAACAUCAAGAAUGUCCAGGCCAGCUUGGAUGCUGGUAACUUGAGUGACCCGAAGAAAUUUCAUCCUCAAGAUCGUGUCAGCCAGGUUGUUCAGCGAAGUAUGAAGGAUGCUCGUCGCAAGGCCGAGCAGUUGCAGCUGUACUUGGAUGAAAUGGUUAAGUCUUACGACGAAAUUAUGAUGUUCUACGGCGAAGACAACACAGAUGAGAACGCUCGCCGUGACUUCUUCGCGAAGUUGUCCUCCUUCUUGGUUGAAUGGAAGAAAUCGCGUGAGAAAAACGUUGGUCUGGAAGAAUCCAGGAAGCGCACUGAAGCAUCCUUGGCUCGCAAGCGGGUUAAUGUGAACCUUGCCAAUGGUGCUGCCGCCGAGACAGUAAUCUCGCCCGCCUCAAGCGGUGCAAUGGACUCUCUGCUCGAGAAACUUCGCGCGGCUGCUCCUCAAGCUAAGGAUCAACGAGACCGCCGUCGCCGUGCUCGUCUUAAGGAACGUCACCAGGGCGAAGAGGGCACUGACAAGCCAGUUGAUGACGACGCCAGGACCGAUGAGAAUGGCCUCUUGAGCCCUCCGAUGCCCGAAGAGGGAGGAGAGGCCAAGGAAGUUUCCGAAGGCGAGGAUGUUGCUGACCGUGCGGCCAGUAUGCUCCUGGGCCUGCGGAGUAACUCCGAUGCCGCCGGAGGCGAUCGUGCCAGACGCAGAAGAGAAAGCGCCGACGAAGAGCGCCGCAAUCGCCGCAUGAGACGCCGCAAUGGUGCAAGCGGAAGCAAAGAUAGCGCAGAUGGCGGUCUGCCGACCGUCCAAGAACCACAAUCUCCAUCACGGACCGAUUCCAUUAACACGGAGAAUGCCUUGCCAAGUCCACCGCAGGAAGAGGCACAACCUUCAGAACCGCCGUCUAUCGUGGUAUCAGAGCAAUCUGAUGCCCCUGAACCAGAGGCCGGUUCAUCCCCCAAUCAACCGAUUGAAGUUUCGGAUUGA